UUACUCCCCCAUGCCCUCCCUCAAACCGGCAAACCCCACCUUUCCGAAAAUCAAAUCAAAAUCGCAGUUAGUUCAUCUUCUGAUUUGCUCUGUGUCUCCCUGCCAAAUCCAACGGCUUCGCUUUCACGUUUCAAUCUCUCUCUCUCCUCCCUUCACUUUCUCACACCUCCGCAAACGCACGCUCCGUCGUCUUCUUCUCCACCUUCAUACUUCAGCACCUCCGAGUUCCGGUUCCCUAAUACGGUGCGUAUUGGGAUUUGAUUUCGGGGCUAACAGCGGGCGGAAUUGACGUUUCGGGCUCGAUUUGAUUGGAAAAUACGAACGAGUUGUCGAGAAUGCCACAGGAUUUGUCGUCGGAGCGAGACACCGACGAUGCUGAUACCGAGUUCGUUGAGGUUGAUCCCACUGGUCGAUACGGUCGGUAUAAAGAGGUUCUAGGAAAAGGGGCUUUCAAGAAAGUAUAUCGAGCAUUUGAUGAAUUGGAAGGUUUAGAAGUAGCUUGGAAUCAGGUUAAGGUGGCGGAUCUAUUGCGCAACUCUGAAGAUUUAGUGCGGCUUUAUUCAGAAGUUCAUUUGCUUAAGACUUUAAAGCACAAGAACAUAAUUAAGUUUUACAAUUCGUGGGUCGAUGCCAAGCAUGAGAACAUCAACAUUAUUACAGAGAUUUUCACUUCGGGAACUUUACGACAGUACCGGAGAAAGCAUAAGCAUGUUGAUUUGAGGGCGUUGAAGAAAUGGUCUAGGCAGAUCUUAGAAGGCCUUUGGUAUCUUCAUAAUCAUGAUCCCCCAGUCAUCCAUCGAGAUUUGAAGUGUGACAACAUUUUUGUCAAUGGGAACCAAGGUGAGGUCAAAAUUGGUGACUUAGGACUCGCUGCUAUUCUUCGCCAGGCUCGUUCAGCUCACAGUGUUAUUGGUACCCCGGAGUUUAUGGCGCCAGAGCUUUACGAAGAGGAAUACAACGAGCUUGUAGACAUUUAUGCCUUUGGCAUGUGCUUGUUAGAGUUGGUGACCUUUGAGUAUCCAUAUGUUGAAUGUUCCAAUGCUGCUCAAAUAUUCAAGAAAGUGACAUCAGGAGUAAAGCCAGCAUCGUUGGAAAAAGUGACAGAUCCUGGAGUUAAAGCAUUCAUAGAAAAAUGCAUUGUGAAAGUUUCAGAACGCUUGCCUGCGAAAGAACUUCUGAUGGAUCCUUUUCUCCAAUCAGAUGAUAAUCGUGAAAGUAUAUCUCGCUCUCUACGACCCACUCAUUAUUCAGGUAAAGUGAGUUGUUUAUCUAGUGCUCAAAGGAUUUUUGUGUUAUUCUCCUCACAUUGUGACAUGCUAGAUGCAGAAGGCAGUUCUGAUCAGACUGAUAUUGAAACAAAGGAUACGGACCCUUCUCAUGAGACAAGCAGAGACUUCAGUGUGCAAGGUCAGAGGAAAGAUGACACGAUAUUUCUGAAAUUACGAAUAGCAGAUUCUACAGGUCAUUUUCGAAAUAUUCACUUUCCAUUUGACAUUGGGGAAGACACUGCAAUUGCUGUUGCUAGUGAAAUGGUUCAAGAGUUAGACCUGACAGAUCAAGACGUUUCAACACUUGCUGAAAUAAUUGACUCCGAAAUCCAUUCCCACAUUCCAGAUUGGCCACACGGAGAAGAUUCUGGAGACCAUAUUGAUGGUGAGGCCUCAACUCCUUAUAGCCAUGCUUCUGAGUCUAAGGAGGAUGCUUCUCCCUUAAUACACGAGGCCCUUCUUUCUAAUAGUCUUGCGUUAGAAAGAUUGCCUUCAGGCCGCAAGUACUGGUGUGACUCACCCAAGGAAGGUGGUGGAAAUUCUCCAGCUAAGUAUUUCUUUUCUAAUUUGAAUUCUCCAGCGGCUUCAGUCACUGCAGGAGGUACUGAAGAAAAUGAGAACUCUGCUGGUAGCAGCCCUAGGGAGGAAGAUGAUGCAAAUGGUGCUGGCGCCUCAGAUUCACCAAAUGGUGGUGUUGAGGAAGAUGAGAGAUCUCCUGGUGGCCCUAGAGAGGAAAAUGAUCCAAAUGGUGCUGGAGCCUCUGACCCACUGAGUGGUGAUAGUCAUAAUGCAGCUACUGAUCCGCAUCUUAUUAAUGGAGUUCUUCCAUUUGAAUCAGAAGUAAAGAUCAUUGCCGAGAAACUCGAGAAUCUAUUGGUAGAACAGAAAAAGGAGUUAGAUGAGCUCAAGAAGAAACAUGAAUUAGCAAUAUCAGAACCAUUGAAAGAACUGCCCCCAGUUUUCCGUCAAAAGGUUUUAGAUAUAUGUAAGAUGAGAUUUCCAGACUACAAAAUGCAGCUUGAGGCAGACUGCUAAACCAAGCAAUUUGCAGGUUCAGCUCCUCGUAUCUGUUUCACGUCUCCACUUCCAAUGCUGGGAUAUCUAGAUUGUUUAUUCAAUUUUCCAGUGACAGAAAUAGAAAUCGCAGAGAUAUUCUAUACUUCGGUGAAGUUGGGGAGCAUGAGCUAGUAGCGGUAUCUGAUGCUGCUGGAUAGACAUUGAGAGAUUAGUAAUAUAGAUCCAGCAAACCAUAGCCUGGAGGACAAUCAAGCUUGUCAUCCAGAUCAGCCUUUAGAGCGACCCCUGAAGCCCUACAGAUUCCGGCACUUGAACUCCCGCGAGGUAACACAUCAGCCUGAUAAGUCGAUUUGAAUACGGGUUCACCAUCACGUGGAGUAUAUACCUGUACAGAUAAAUUCUUUACCCUUUUUUUUCUUCAGUUAUACCUCAAAUCAGUGAGUUGAGCAAAUUUGAAAAUUAUCUUGGUUUGGGUUACUUGUUUGUCAAGUUAUUGUUGUGGGAUGCUUUGCCCUUGUGUUG